AUGUCUGAUAAUUGCACAGUUCUCUGGGUUAUUCUUCAUUUGCUAGAUUUUUGUAUCAUUUCUUGUGAAAUCUUUUUGGCUUUAUUUUUCCUGUUUUCUUUUCUGAUUAUUCUUCUUGUCUUCCAAAGUUUUUUUUCACUUUUUGCAUCACGUUUGUUUUUUCAUUCCUAUAUCAUCUCCUUUUUCCAUCAUUUCCAUACUUGCCUCUUUUUUCAUUUCUUUUCUAUUUCAUUCUUCCAUUUAUUUUCAUUCUUUUCCUCUGUCAUCCUUCCAUCUAUUUUCAUUCCUUUUUCUCCUUCAUCCUUCCAUCUAUUUUCAUUCCCUUUUCUCCUUCAUUCUUCCAUCAACUUUCAUUCCUUUUUCUCCUUCAUCCUUCCAUAUAUUUUCAUUCACCUUUUCUCCUUCAUUCUUUCAUCUAUUUUCAUUCACCUUUUCUCCUUCAUUCUUUCAUCUAUUUUCAUUCACCUUUUCUCCUUCAUUCUUUCAUCUAUUUUCAUUCACCUUUACUCCUUCAUUCUUCCAUCUGUUUUCAUUAUCUUUCCUCCAUCCAUCUACUUUCAUUCUCUUUUCAUCUUCAUUCUUCCAUCUAUUUUUAUUCUCUUUCCAUCUAUAUUUUUUCCUGUUCAUUCUUCCAUUUAUUUUCAUACAUUUUCUCCUUCAUUCUUUCAUUUGUUUUAUUCCCUUUCCUCUUCCCUCUAUUUUCAUUCCUUUUCCUUCAUUCUUCCCUCUAUUUUCAUUACUUUUCCUUCCAUCUAUUUUCAUUCCUAUUUCUUCAUUCUUCCAUCUAUUUUCAUUCCUAUUUUCUUCAUUUUUUUACUGUUUGCUAUCAUUUUCUUUUUUCUCUCUUUAAUUCUUUCAUCUUUCAUUCUUCUGUUUUUCAUUUUUUUUUUCUUUUAA